ACACCAUUUACAUGUGUCAUGUUUUUUGUAUUUAUUACAAGAAACUUUUUUUAAAAUAAAAUGUAAGCUUUCGUAUCGCCAAUAAGCGGCAACAACGCGCGUAUUUAAGCCACACAAAAGGUCAGCCAGCAAGUCGCGUCCGGAUCCGUUGUCAAAACCAAGUGUUUGCUCCAGUUUUGCAUCGCCUGCUGCCGCAGCGCUUUUCUUUCUCUCUUCCCAUGUCGGCCAUUUAAAUCCAGAAACUACAAAAUAUUAGUGAAAACGCGAAAACGUGAAAAACACAAAAACGUUGCGCGGGCAGUUUUUGUUACACACAAAUGCGCCCAGCAAAAGUGCAGAUGCAGUUGUAGUUAAAGUGAAGCUCAUCUAAAUUAUCAACACAAGAAGAAGAAAAGGAAGCAGAAGAGUUGCUUAGAGAAGGAGAACGAGGGGAAGUUGGGGCGGCUGCUCAAAUUGUUUGAACGUCGGCAAACAACGGUUCUGCUCCGUAGCUAGCUUCUUGCUAUCAAUCCAGGCAUUUCAAUAGACAGACAUCAACAGCAGCAGAGAUGUCCAGUGAGGAGGAUAAACCACCAGCGCCGCCAGUGCGUCUAACCAGCAAUCGUGGCGGCGUCGGCAUCGAACGUGUUCCCCUCCCCGGCAGCGGAGGAGCGGGUGGAGAUGCGCCCUCAGUUGACAUGCGUCCCUUGCCGAAGGAACCCGACGACUCGGAUCGCAAGAAGAAGACGCUGAAGAACAAGAUUAAAGGCUCGAAACCCUCGCACAUGGAUUCCAAACCAAAUAUCUCGUAUCCCACAAACUUUGAGCACACCGUGCAUGUGGGCUUCGAUGCAGUCACCGGCGAGUUUACGGGUAUGCCAGAGGCGUGGGCGCGUCUGCUGAUGAACUCCAACAUCAGCAAACAGGAGCAGAAAAAGAAUCCACAGGCCGUGCUCGAUGUGCUCAAAUGGUUUGACAAUACAACCAAACAGAGGCCAAGUUCCAAGUACAUGACAAAUGCGAUAACGACGCAUUCAGGCUCAUCGCUGAGCCGUGUGAGCAGCAGUAGUCCCAGCAGCACGCCCACAGACUCGGAGCUGCAUGGCUCGAAUAGUGGCGGCAACUUAAUUGGCGUCCAGCUGGGCAGCAUGACACUCGGCCCGAAUGCCAACAAUGUGUCCGCAGCGGGGCAGUUGCUGAGCAAUCACUACCAACAGCAGCAGCAUUUGCUACAGCAGCAACAGUUGCAGCAGCAGCAGCAACAACAGCAGCAGCUACAACAGCAACUGCAGCAGCAGCAGCAGCAGCAACAACAGCAUCAUCAUCACAUUGGAUCAAUGAGUCAAUCGCAUUCGUACAAUUUCGUUGGGCACACAGCCUCCUCAACCACAUCCACAUCGCAACAUUCAUCUGCCAAUGAGAACGACAUGUAUGUAGAUAUGGGCGCAGCGCCGCAGCCGGCGCCGCCGCCAGUUGCCUCGCGGCCGGAGCGCACGAAGUCCAUCUAUACGCGACCCAUUGAGGAGCUGCAGCCAGCGCCAAUGCCAAUGCCAGCGGCACCGGCAACAACACCCGCAACGCCACUGCAGAACCACAAAGCGACGGCGGCAUCAUCACCUCUAAUUCUUAACAAUGCCACAACGACGCUGGACAAGAACAAAAACAAUGAAAACCUCUACCAUUAUCCGGCGGCGGCCAACAACCUCAAUGCCUCAGCGUUGGCAGCAACGCCUGCGGCGGGCACACAAAUUGCAGUGCCGCAGCAGGCAGCAGCUGCCACAACAGCAGCAGCAACAGCAACAACAACGGCGGCGACGACAACGACGACGACGCGAGCCGCCAACGCCAAGAAGAAGAAAAUGUCGGAUGAGGAAAUAUUAGAGAAACUGCGCACCAUUGUCUCUGUGGGUGAUCCCAAUCGCAAGUACACCAAAAUGGAGAAAAUUGGCCAGGGUGCCUCGGGCACAGUUUACACAGCAAUUGAAUCAUCCACGGGCAUGGAGGUGGCCAUCAAACAGAUGAACUUGUCACAGCAGCCCAAAAAGGAGCUCAUCAUCAAUGAGAUACUCGUUAUGCGAGAGAACAAGCACCCGAAUGUCGUCAACUAUUUGGACAGCUAUCUGGUGUCGGAAGAGCUGUGGGUGGUUAUGGAAUAUCUGCCCGGUGGCUCAUUGACCGAUGUCGUUACCGAGACCUGUAUGGAUGAGGGACAAAUUGCGGCCGUUUGCCGUGAGGUGCUGCAGGCGCUCGAGUUUCUGCACGCCAAUCAGGUCAUUCAUCGCGAUAUUAAAAGUGAUAAUAUACUGCUUGGCCUGGAUGGCUCCGUCAAGCUGACUGAUUUCGGUUUCUGUGCGCAAAUCUCGCCGGAGCAAUCGAAACGCACAACAAUGGUCGGCACACCCUACUGGAUGGCCCCAGAGGUAGUCACACGCAAGCAUUACGGACCCAAGGUCGAUUUGUGGUCGCUGGGCAUUAUGGCCAUUGAGAUGGUCGAGGGUGAACCGCCGUAUUUGAAUGAGAAUCCGCUUAAAGCCCUAUACCUCAUUGCCACAAACGGAAAGCCGGAGAUUAAGGAAAAAGACAAGCUGACGGCAGCAUUUCAAGAUUUUCUAGAUCAGUGUCUCGAAGUGGAGGUGGAGCGGCGCGCCAGCGCCAUGGACCUGCUAAAGCAUCCCUUCUUGAAAUUGGCACGUCCAUUGGCCAGUCUGACGCCUUUGAUUAUGGCCGCCAAGGAGGCAACUAAGGGCAACUGAUUGACAACCAAAAAGCAGCAACUUAUUUAACCAUUACUAAUGAAUUACUAUUACAAGCAACAGCAGCAGCGACAACAACAGCAACCACAAUAACAAUAGCACCAAUUUAUGCGUAUGAAUGAACAGAUGAGAGAUAAAUGAUUAGAGUUUAUGAUUAUUUAUAUAAACGUAUUUAUAUACAUACACAUAUAUAUUCUUAUUAUAUACAUUAUUAACUACUCUAUAAAAACAAUUCAAUGGGCAACUUCAACACACAUGUAGCCAAAAUACGCGUAGUUCAUUAUUUAACACCACCAUUCGGUUUCCAGUCGAUUGCUGAAGUUUAAGAUCAUUUUAAACGACAACAAGUACUUUGUUUCGCAUAUAUAUAUAUGCAAAUAUAUAUUAAAAGCGGUCAGCAAACAAUUUAUUCAAUUUUGACAGUUUUGCUGCUGAUUUGUUAUACCAAAUUAUCGGGCAUUUUAAAUGCCUUGGAAAGUUAUUUUAAAUAGUUUCGACACAAAUUCAUUGAACACAUUAUCGUAAAAAACACUACAUUUAAAAAUUGGCAUUUGCAUUUAAAAAUCAUAUGAAACUAAUAAUAAUAAUAACUAAAUAUUAUAUACUAUAACAAUUGUAUAAAGAGGAAAAGCACCUAUAAUUUCAAUAAUCGUUUUUCAUUCAUUUUCUUUAAGAACAAACUGAGUAGAAGAGAGAAAACACACACACGAAAUUCUUGCGCAAAACGCUGUAACACUAACUUUAAUCACUUAAGAGUAUUAUUUAAAUGUUUCAUUUGCAAACUUUUGCUGCAUUCAGUAAAAGUUUCGACUAGUUUCUUAAACUGCUUUAUUUAAUAAAACAAAACGUAAAUAUAUUUUUUUACAUAUGA